UGGAAGCCAAGUCGUCUGCAGUCAGCUCGCGGGAACGCCUUCCCGCAAUGCUCAAGAACCGAAAUUUCCUCUUUUGAAAACAUUUAAUGUAUUUUGGGCCUCCCCUGAAACGCCUUAAACAGCCCAUUUUGAACCAGAAUAAUUUAGUCUGACAACAGAUUCUUCAUCUGUUCACAGCUGUCCCAGAAGGAGGAGCUGAAAUCCGAACCUCUCGGCUGUGAUUGGAUGUUUCUAGUAAAAGCCAGGGAGAAAUCCCCUCCCAGCCCAGAAGAGCUCAGUCGGGCAGAGAGCCUGGUGACUUCAGAGGCGCCCGCCUGUCCCCCGCCGCACCUGAACCGCUGCGAUGCUGUAGGACCGCCGCCUGGACCGUUAUCCGCCCGCACCGGCCCGCCGCCACCAUGCCGCGCUCCUUCCUCGUCAAGAAACAUUUCAAUGCCUCCAAGAAGCCCAACUACAGCGAACUGGACACACACACAGUGAUCAUUUCCCCGUAUCUCUAUGAGAGUUACCCCAUGCCUGUCAUACCAAAACCAGAGAUCCUCAGCUCAGGAGCAUACAGCCCUAUUACUAUGUGGACAUCGGCAGCUCCAUUCCACUCCCCUCUACCCAGUGGUCUUUCUCCUCUUACUGGAUACUCCUCACCCUUGGGGCGAGUAAGCCCCCCUCCUCCAUCUGAUACUUCAUCCAAGGACCACAGUGGUUCAGAAAGUCCCAUUAGUGAUGAAGAGGAAAGACUGCAAUCCAAGCUCUCAGACCCCCAUGCCACUGAAGCUGAGAAGUUUCAGUGCAAUUUAUGCAAUAAGACCUAUUCUACUUUCUCUGGGCUGGCCAAACAUAAGCAGCUGCAUUGUGAUGCCCAGUCUAGGAAAUCUUUCAGCUGCAAAUACUGUGACAAGGAAUAUGUGAGCCUGGGUGCCCUUAAGAUGCACAUUCGGACCCACACACUGCCUUGUGUCUGCAAGAUCUGUGGCAAGGCUUUCUCCAGACCCUGGCUGCUUCAAGGACACAUUAGAACUCACACAGGGGAAAAGCCUUUCUCUUGCCCUCAUUGCAACAGAGCUUUUGCAGACAGGUCAAACCUGAGGGCACAUCUGCAGACCCACUCUGAUGUAAAGAAAUACCAGUGCAAAAACUGCUCCAAAACCUUCUCCAGAAUGUCUCUUCUGCACAAGCAUGAGGAGUCUGGCUGCUGUGUGGCACACUGAGUGGCGUAACUAGUGUUUACUCGAACAGAAUACAUUUCAUCACUCCAAUGACAAAUGAAAGUCCAAAGCCAUUUUCUCUUGUGCUUACCUACCAAAUAAUAUGUACAGACAUAAACAAGAGUCUGUCUGUCUGUCUGUCUGUCUGUCUCUCUCUCUCUCUCUCUCUCUCUC